AUGCCUGUGGCUAGUUUUGAGUCUAUCACCAUGCUGACGACUUUUUUGCUGAAGACGAUGCCUUUUCCUGCUGACAUGAUGGAGUCACUCGACUUGAAUGAAGCCAUGGAUUACGAGGAAGCAGACCUCGAGCUUGACAUGGUCGACUCAGUCAGCGAGGAUGAGUCGACUGGAGCAGACUCAGAAACCGACUCGCUCAACUUCAUGGAUCUCCCUCACCAUGUGAGAGUGAAGAUCUAUCGCUAUGCUUACCUUGUCAGGCCAUGUCCCAUCGACGUAGCGAAGGAAAAACAACGGUUCAAAAGUCAGAAUAUGCUAUGCAUGAGAAACAUGCCAGACCUCUACCAAGAGGGUGAAUGGAACACUUCUUUCUAUAUGCAGAGCUGCGAACAUCCCCCAAUUCCGGUCAGCCUUUUCCGAGUUUCCCAGGCCGUUUAUGAAGACGCUGCGAUGGUCUUUUUCAGCAUGAAUCGUUUCCAAUUGACCCUCAGGAACUUGGACGAUCUCAUUAAAUUCAAGAACGCUACUGGCUCCUGGCUAGAGUAUAUGCAGUCCAUCAACGUCACCCUCCGCUGUUAUGACGGCCGGAUUCUCAAAUCGAUUACGCGUGCGAAAUCGACUUUCAAUCUGUGGGAAAAGUUCUGCAGUCUCGUGGGCAGACACAUGCCUGCGCUGAAGCAUUUCAGCUUCGACUGCCGUGUCAAUGACGUUGAAACAGCACAGAAAGUCGUCGGCCAUCUCGAUUGCUUUCAUAAUCUGACUGAUUGUGCUCUCCGUUUUGAUUCCAUUGCCAAUCCAGAGCUUCAAGAGAUCGCCAAAAAGGCAGCAGUCGAAGCAACCGUGAUGAGACCCAGAUCGUCUCCAUCAUUCCCAUUCCUUGACCUCCCUGAGGAAAUUCAGCUUAUGGUGCUGGAGCACUUGCUGGUCGUACGCUGGGAUCCAUUUGUCCAGAGCUCUGAAUUCGCGGCAGGACACCUGAUCUGGGUGCACCGCAAGGAGGUCAAACCGCGUUCCCUUUAUUGCUGUGGCACAUGCUCCCCCAAUCUUCGGAACUGCUUCUGUUCGCUUCGACAAAACGCCUUCUCCACCAAUUGCUCGUGCUUUGUCUCACCGAUGCCAUACUUUCUAGUCAGUCGGCACAUGUACUCCCUUGCUCGUGAUGUCUUUUACUCCAGGAACCGGUUCUCCUUUGUCGGAGAUGAUCCCCAGGUGAUGUUUCGAUUCUUACACCGUUUGCCAAGAGAGUCACUGUCGAUGAUCCGCCAUAUCACUUUUGCGUUUCCCCGGGCUCAUCGAUAUGUGAUUAGGGUGGAUCGACAGCGCUAUGAGAGUGUGCAGAUGGAUUGGUCAAUACUCAUUCGCUUCAUCACAGAGCAUUUUCGUCUCCAGUGUCUGUCGAUCAACAUAGUGGACAUGGGAUCCGGGGCCCCCAUGUCAAAUGCCUCAGAAACGUGGACCAAAUUCAUGCGAGAAGUUCUGAAAGGAUUUGCCCCCCUCCAGGGUGUCCGCCGCUUCCAAGCCUAUUUGGCGGAGGACCGUGAGCAUGAAACCGAUGCGGAAAAAGCGAUAAUGGGGCCUGACUACGAGCCUCCGCCAGUGAAGUACUUCCCAUUCGUCGGGGCGAAGCACACUCUCAAAGCUGAAGAUUGA